AUGCCCCAGGCGGUAUUGGAGGUGCCUGAAUGGGUUGACCGCUCCCAGGAGGAGCUCCCCAGGCUCCAAGCCCAAGUAUCGCAGCUCACAAGAGAGAACCAAGCUUUGCACAGACAGUCCACCCAGCUCUGUGAUGAAAAUGUGGCACUGCGGGUCCAACUGGAACGGUGCGCCGCAGGUAACCAGCUGCUACAAGAGCAGGUGUUUUCCACCAUAUUUGAUGAUCCCCACCAUGCCUACUCAGCAGAGGUGGCCCUGUGCAAACUCUCACGGGGCAGGGAUUACCAAGUCUGUCUGCACGCACCAUCUGAUGAGCUCCAGAAACAAGAUGUGCACCACCAGGACCUGGCUGUGACUCAGGUGGGAACACCAUCAGAGUUGACUCCAGCACUGCCCCACAAGUACAGUGACUAUGGUGAUGUCUUCAAGAAAAAGAAUGCUGACACCCUACCUCCACACCAGGAUUAUGAUUGCCCAGUCGAGUGCAAUCAGGUCCAAGGACAUGAUGAGUAUGAGGUCCAGGAGAGACUGGAAUCAAAAAUCAGUCACAGCUUCCUAUGUGGAGUGGCUGAGAUGUCCCAACCGGCCUUUUUUGCCGUUCUUCUUUGCAUGACGCUGGUUCCCCUCCAGGCUCAGUAUGAUGACAUAACCUUCAGUCCUCGCCCAGCUGCCUGUCCAGAGAAGACAGACUGCCCCAUCAACGUGUACUUUGUCAUUGACACCUCGGAGAGCAUUGCCCUGCAGACUGUGCCCAUCCAGAGUCUGGUGGAUCACAUGAAGCAGUUCAUCCCGGCCUUCAUCAAUAAACUGGAGACCGAGGUCUACCAGAACCAGGUCUCCAUCACAUGGAAUUUCGGGGGACUUCACUUCUCAGACGUGGUGGAGGUUUACAGUGCCUUGACCAACCUCAAGGACGUGUACCUCUCCAAGCUGAAUGGCAUCAGGUACAUUGGCCGGGGCACGUUCACAGACUGCGCGAUAUCCAACAUGACCGCUCAGAUCCCGACCCACCAAGGCCGUGCCGUAAACUUCGCUGUGGUCAUCACCGACGGCCAUGUGACAGGCAGCCCCUGUGGCGGGAUGAAGAUGCAGGCCGAGAAGGCCCGGGAUGCAGGGAUCAAGCUCUUUGCAGUGGCCCCCAGCCAGAACAUCUUCGAGCAGGGUCUCCGGGAGAUCGCCAACCUCCCCCACGAGCUGUACCGCAACAACUAUUCCACCACCAAGAGAGGUGCCAUCGAGGUGAACGAGGACACCAUUGACCGGAUUAUCCAAGUCAUGAAACAUGAAGCCUAUGGCGAGUGCUACAAGAUGAGCUGUCUGGAGAUCACAGGCCCGCCUGGGCCCAAGGGCUACCGGGGGCAGAAGGGUGCAAAGGGGAACAUGGGUGAACCAGGAGGUCCUGGGCUCAAAGGGCGACGGGGUGACCCAGGUAUCGAAGGUCCCAUCGGAUACCCUGGUCCCAAGGGUAUUCCUGGUCUGAAAGGAGACAAGGGCGAGUUUGGAGGCGACGGCCGGAAGGGGGCAGCUGGUUUCGCAGGAAGGAACGGCACCGAUGGACAGAAGGGCAGUCUGGGACGGAUUGGAUCCCCUGGCUGUAAGGGAGACCCUGGGGACAAGGGCCCUGAUGGUUACCCAGGAGAUGCAGGAGAUCAAGGAGAAAAAGGAGAUGAAGGCGUAAAGGGAGAUCCUGGCCGCCCUGGCCGCAACGGACCCCAGGGAUCCCCAGGAGAAAAAGGAAACAGGGGACCUAAAGGAAACAACGGAGCCCCUGGGAGCCCUGGUACCAAGGGAGGCAAAGGAGGCCCAGGACCUGCUGGACCCAAGGGAGAGCGGGGUCGUCGCGGGGAUCCAGGGACAGAAGGCAGCCCGGGGACCACUGGGACCAAGGGAGAGAAGGGAGACCCCGGCCCCGAAGGCCUCCGGGGCCUGCCUGGAGAAGUCGGCAGCAAAGGAGCAAAGGGCGAUCGAGGACUGCCGGGGCCCCGAGGCCCGCAGGGUGUCGAGGGAGAGCCAGGCAGGCCUGGAUCUAGUGGGAACCCAGGCGACAAGGGCCCAAGGGGCAACCAAGGGCCCCCAGGACAAAAGGGAGACCAAGGCAGACCUGGCUUCAGCUACCCUGGCCCCAUAGGACUUAAGGGCGACAAAGGCGAGAAUGGGUCACCUGGUCCAGAGGGUGGAAGGGGUGACCUGGGAGAGAAAGGCGAGCCUGGGCUGAAAGGAGGCAAAGGGGAUCCUGGUGACCCCGGCCCACCCAGCCCACGAGGCCUCAGAGGCAACAAAGGCGACAAGGGCGACGAGGGUGACCUGGGCUCACCCGGAGAUCCUGGCCUAACCGAAUGCGAUGUGAUGACCUACGUGAGAGAAACCUGCGGCUGCUGCGACUGUGAGAAGCGCUGUGGUGCCCUGGACAUCGUGUUUGUCAUAGACAGCUCCGAAAGCAUCGGCUACACCAACUUCUCUCUGGAGAAGAACUUUGUCAUCAACGUGGUCAGCCGCCUGGGCUCCAUUGCCAAGGACCCCAAGUCAGAGACAGGUGCCCGAGUCGGGGUGGUGCAGUACAGCCACGAGGGGACGUUCGAGGCCAUCCAGCUCAACGAUGAGCGCAUCAACUCGCUGUCCAACUUCAAGGAGGCGGUGAAGCGUCUGGAGUGGAUCGCCGGGGGCACCUGGACACCCUCCGCCCUGCAGUUUGCCUACAACCAGCUCAUCAAGGAGAGUAAGCGAGAGAAAGCCCGUGUGUUUGCCGUGGUGGUGACAGACGGGCGCCACGAUCCGCGGGACGACGACAUCAACCUCCGGGCCUUCUGCCAGGGAGACGUGAUCGUUAACGCCAUCGGCAUCGGAGACAUGUUCAACCAGCCAGACCAGGACGAGACCCUGCAGUCCAUUGCAUGCAACGACCAGCAGCACGUCCAGAAAAUGAAGCUCUUCUCGGAGCUGGUGGCUGAGGAAUUCAUUGACAAGAUGGAGGACGUCCUCUGCCCAGAUCCGCAGAUCGUCUGCCCAGAACUUCCCUGCCAAACAGAGCUGGCGGUGGCACAGUGCACACAGCGCCCUGUUGACAUCGUCUUCCUGCUGGAUGGCUCGGAACGAACUGGAGAGGUGAACUUCCGCAGGGCCCACAGCUUUGUGGAGGAGGUGUCCCACCGCCUCACGCUGGCCAGGGGUGACAAUGACAACAUGAAUGCGCGGAUCGCCCUCCUGCAGUAUGGCAGCGAAAGAGAGCAGGUGGUGAUCUUCCCCCUGACAUACAACCUGACCUACAUCUCAGAGGCCCUGUCCAAGAUCAAGUACCUGGACUCCUCCUCUAACAUCGGCUCCGCCAUCAUCCAUGCCAUCAACAACAUCGUCAUCAACCCGCAGAACCAGCAGAGAGCUGCCCGGCGCAACGCUGAGCUCUCCUUCGUCUUCAUUACCGACGGCAUCACGGGCAGCAAGAAUCUCAAUGAGGCCGUUAACUCCAUGAAGAAGCAGGAUGUCAUGCCCACAGUGGUGGCCCUCGGGAGUGAUGUGGACAUGGAUGUCCUGCUGAAGAUUGGCCUAGGGGACCGAGCUGCCAUCUUCCGGGAGAAGGACUAUGUCAGCCUCUCCCAACCCGGCUUCUUCGACAGGUUCAUUAGGUGGAUAUGUUAG